AUGACACCGAACAAAAGCUGGAUAACCCCGUUUAUGAAGCAAUGUUUCGUUACGGCUGCGGUGGGAAGCAACAUCAUUGGGCACGGCUGCACAAUCGGCUUUCCUGCGAUUCUGCUGCCGCAACUACAGCAACCUGGCUCCUUCAUAAAGUUGAGUUCGGCCGAAGAGUCAUGGCUCGCUGCAGUAUUAGGUAUCACGCAGCUAGUGGGCAGCUUCAUCACUUCGCCCAUCAUGAGUCGGUUUGGGCGGAGAUUCGCUCAUUUCGUAGUCACAAUACCUGUUCUCGUGGGAUGGUUCACGACAAUAUUGGCAACCAACUUUGAGGAGCUGCUUCUAGGCAGAAUACUUCAAGGAUUAUCCAUCGGUAUGCUGUCUCCACUUCGUUCGGUCCUUAUUGGAGAAUACGCUAGUCCCAGAAAUCGCGGAGCCUUUCUCACAACAAUAUCAUUGACCCAAGCCUUUGGGAUAUUCUUCGUGCAUCUCAUAGGAUCAAUACUAUCUUGGCAGAAAACUGCGCUUAUUUGCGUAUUCUUCUCUUUUGUCAGUUUAGUUAUGACGAUUUAUUCCCCAGAAUCUCCCAGUUGGUUAGCAUCUAAAAAUCGAUAUGAAGAGAGUCGCGAGGUCUUUCGCUGGCUCCGUGGAAACGAUGAAGAAGAUGAGCUCGAAGAGAUGAUCCAAGCGAGAAUGCUUUACGAAGACGCCGCUAUCAGCCUAAAAGCCAAGAGAAGCGAGAGCCGCUUUCGAGAAAUGAUUACCACGAUUAAAAAGAAAGAGUUUCACAAACCCAUUAUUCUGAUGAUGCACGCGUAUGUGAUGGUUCAAUUCGCCGGUGGUACCACUAUGGCCGCGUACUCCACCAAAAUUAUCAAGCUGAUCCUUGGUCCAGCAGCUAAUGCUAAUUUCUGGAUGAUAGUACUGGACACCCAACGUCUCAUCUCGAAUUCUGUAGCCGUAUUUGUCAUAAAUAAACUGAAAAGACGCACAAUGAUGUUUGCGACCGGCGGUCUGUGCGUGUUCAGUCAGAUCGCAAUUUCUGGUUACACUUAUCUCAGAUCGGAGCACGCCUUGCCUUACGAUGCGAUGUGGAUUCCCGCAUUACUGAUUAAUUUGCAGUUUUUCACUGUAGCAACCGGAAUGUUGCCAUUACCGAACGUAAUCGGCGGAGAGGUGUUCCCUCUGGAAUACAAGAGCAUAGGCGGAACCAUUAGUUUAGCUACGAUGUCAGUAUCGUUCUUUUUGGUCUUGAAAACCUUCCCAGGUCUAGUGGACAGUGUGGGCGUUCAUGGCACUUACACAGUUUACUCACUCAUGCUGUGCUACUGUCUCUUGGUGAUCUGGAUUUUGCUGCCCGAAACAAAAGGGAAAACGCUACAGCAGAUUGAGGACGAGUUUAGAGGUCGCCCGUUGAACAGACAGGAGUUGGAAGAGAAAGAAAUUUUCCAUUCAUGCCCGGUGCUGGCUUACAAAAGGAAAAUGUCUAUGCGCCGAUGCAGUAGUCAUAUCUUGCAUUAAUGCAAGCUAUUUUGAAUGACAAUUUGAAAGUCGUUCACGACAAAAAGAUAUGUUAUCAUCAGAUAUCCGUGGUGCUAAGUCUCACGAAACGGACGAGUGAUUCAAAAUACGAACGGUUCAGAACGGUUUUACCAAACGAGAUUUAUG